UUGCAGGAGGGUAUAACAAGACUGAGAGCCGGGGAAAUAAAAAAACAAAACCAGGAGGAGAUUAAACUUCGAAAGGAAAUUGUGGUUGGACUUAAAUAUUAUCAGAAGAUAAGAAGUUACACUUGGACAAUGGCAUAAUGAGCAAUGCAACAACAGAUAUUGCUGUCAAUGACGAUAAUCCAUCAACUCUUAAAACAGAGCUGAAGACGAGGACACCUGAUGGUGAAAACAGCUCUAACAUUGAGGUGGUUUCAGUUACGGAGGAAGAUCUCUCCACUGUUGAUACCCCCGACACUCUUUUUGCUAGUCAUGAUCCCAGCCUAAAAGCUGACUUUCACACAGAGAAAGAUCCAGCAAAACCUACAGAUCCUCAACCUCCAGCUGCACCUAGUCCAACUAUGCCAGUCACUAAAGUUCAGCCAUUUAUUAACGACAAUGACUUGAAUAAGGGAUGGAUGAACAGAAUGGUUACCCAUAAACUUGAGCUGCUCAUUGCUUCAGGUGUCAUCUUGAUGGUGUUUCUUGCCCUCAGCAUUGGCCUUGGAGUGGGUCUAAGCUGUGAGGGAAAGUUUCGCUGUGGAUCUCAGUGUGUCAGUGCCUUGGCUCGGUGUGAUGGAACAUUCGACUGUGAAAACCAUGAAGAUGAGCUUGGCUGUGCACGUCUGAGUGGCGACAGAUCAGUUUUGCAGGUUCAGAAAAGAGGAGAAUGGUGGACAGUCUGCUCUGAGGAAUGGAACAUCCAGUUAGGGAUCUCUGCCUGCAAGCAACUGGGAUACUCCAGUCAUAUAGAGUCCUCUUUUCUCCCAGUGACCUCCAUUGAGCAGGACCUUCAGUCGAACCUGAUUUCCUUUAACUAUAGCCAGACAGAGGUCAUUAAACUCCAGAACGCUACAACCUUUACCAGAAAGCAGCAAUGCUCCUCAGGGACGGUGAUCACCCUGAAAUGUAUAGCGUGUGGUUCUACGCCUAAGUACAACACGCGUAUUGUUGGGGGUAAUACCUCCAAACCAGGUCAGUUUCCCUGGCAGGCCAGCCUCCACUUCAGGAGUGAGCACCUAUGUGGAGGCUCCAUCAUAGCAUCGAGGUGGAUCCUUACUGCAGCCCACUGUGUGUAUGGAUUUGAGGACUCCUCGCUGUGGACGGUUCAUGUGGGGCUGACAGAGCAGCUGAUCCAUGGGGCCCAUUCUUUGACUGUAAAGAGAAUUGUGUAUCAUGCUCAGUACCAACCCAAAGGACUGGACUAUGACAUUGCAUUGAUGAGACUAGAGGAGCCUCUUGUUUUUAACGGCCUUGUGGAACCCAUUUGCUUGCCUAACUAUGGAGAGGAAUUUACUGAGGGCACAAUGUGCUGGAUCUCUGGCUGGGGAGCCACAGAGGAAGAUGGAGAGUCCAGUAUUGUUCUACGCGCAGCCAGGAUACCGCUUAUCUCUACCAAGACCUGCAACCAGCCAGAAGUUUACAAGGGCCUUAUCUCAUCUUGGAUGAUUUGUGCAGGGUACUUGGAAGGAAGAAUUGACUCCUGUCAGGGAGACAGUGGGGGUCCUCUUGCAUGUGAAGACGCUACUGUGUGGAAGCUUGUUGGAGCAACUAGCUGGGGGAUUGGCUGUGCAGAGAGGAACAAACCAGGAGUUUACACUCGUAUUACGAAGUCACUCAGUUGGAUCCGCAUGCAGAUGGAGGGAGAAGAGGUCUUGAGGUCUAUUAACUCUGACAACAGAAAAAUGAAUAUUAAGAAUGAUUGAUAUACAAAUAUCUGCUUCAAGCUGAACAAAGAAAGAUCACCAGAAAGAUAUGGGAAUCGUUUAUUCCAAAAUAGAAAGCUCUAAGGCAAAACAGACAAGAGUAUGAUGAACAAACCGAAAUGACAGACCAGCUCUCUCAGACUUAGCCAAGUGUCCAACUAACAAGACUGAUAUAAACUAAAUCACUGCAACUAUUGUCCAAUGCAAUUUUUACCAUGAAUUUGAGAAGAGGCACCUGAAUUGUGGAGUAAUCUUAACUUGAAUAAAACUUCUUGUUUACUGCAAAAGUG